AAGGAAUUUCUGAUUUCAUGAAGUCGAAAAAUGAAUACCACGUCGGAGUUGAGGUUGGACAACAACAUGGGGUCAGUAAAUGUAAAAGUCGAAGUCUUCGGAUUCAUUAUCUUAGCAAUUUUAAAUAUUAUUUGCAAUAUCUUAGUCUGCGUUGUGAUUCGACGAAGUCGCCGAGUCCAGUCAACAACGAACUAUUUUGUUGCCUCGCUUUCAAUUUCAGACAUUUUGUUUACAAUUCUUGUAAUGCCUUUCGUUAUCGGGCGAGCCCUAGCAGGAAGCUGGGUUUUCUCCAACACCAUAUGUCGGAUUGUUCGCUUUGUGCAAUUCACAAUUCCUGGACUUAUUAUUUAUCUUCUGCUAUCUAUCUGCUUAGAUAGGUUUUACACCAUUAUUUACCCGCUUAGCUUUAAAAUCAGAAGAGGCACUGCUAAGCGGAUGAUUCUAGCAAGCUGGAUUGCGGUAUCGAUUCACUGUAUUAUUUGUUUAUACGUUUUUCAAGAGCAACUAUAUGGCCAAGAUAUUGUUUGUAGGUUUUACGUGAAUAUCACGAACGUAAAUCUGUUAUUUGUUUUAUAUAUUAUUUCAAUAAUUCUUCUACAAUAUAUAUUUCCCAUGAUAAUCAUUUGUGUUCUGUACUCGAAAGUAUUUUCUCAUAUAUGGAAAACAAAUGGUUGUUGCACCUUCCAAAGGACAAGUAACAUUGUGUCUCGGACAAAGGUAAAUAUGGUAAAACUUCUCAUGUUCAUCACAAUGAUCACAUUCCUGUCUUUUUCUCCAAUGUACAUCACAAACACUAUAUUUUGCUUUUUAAAAGUUCUACACCAGGACAGUUUUAUUUUCCGCAUUUGCACCUGGCUAGUUUUUCUUACGGGAAUAAUCAAACCAUUGCUCUAUUUUGUUCACAAUGCCAACUUUAGAAGAGGAUGCCGGGAAGUGUUGUGCUUCUCGGGAUCGCGGUGCUACAGAAGCAACACAUACGCCAUUACUAUUGCUCCGUCUUUUGGGAAGAAAAAUUUCGUGGGUGUUAUGCCACCAGACAAUGGGAGGUCCUCGCCGAUCCGUGCCUUUGAUCGUUCAACACAUUGUGAUGCGAACCCUUGGGUGAACAAUAAUACGGUGACUUCAUAUGUAUAGAAAGGAUAUAUGAAGUGUAUAUCAUACUGCACUGUAGUGAUCGCUUUUAGGUGCUGAUUUGUCUAUUUGUAGAUUCCAACUUUUUGUUCUUAAUGAUUAUGUUUGCAUUUGUUACAUGUUUCCGACAAAUAAAUUGGAAAAAAGA